AUGCCAGGCCUUGUCAAUUACGCUGCUUCUCCCACCCCUUCCCCUCCUCCCUCCACAAAGAGGGGGGAGCAGGUCUCGCAACCUGUAAGUCUUCCCCCUCUUUCUCAAGUAAAGCCACCUCGAAGGACGCCAUCGGGUAUACGCAAAUUGCCCAAACCGAGCGGGUCACCCGCUGUCGUCCACCCUGCUCCCUCGCCUACAAUACCCACCGGUACAUCGGCAAAGCGCCGGCGGACGUCCGAAUCAUUGGACAAGUCAGAAGCUCCAGCUCCGAGCCUCGACCUUCCUCAAAAUUUGACGCACACCGCUCAAUCGUCCUUACCCGCAUCAGUCCUCGCUUCGGACCCGGUCACGACCGCCGAGGAAGCAGGCGAGGAGGAUGGCUGGCCGGGAUAUCCGGGAUGGUCAGAUGAGGAGGUGUUCCGGAGGGUCUCUCGGCCAGAUGAGAUCCCGGGGCUGGAAAAUUGGGGAAUACCAGCCGAGGUGGAUCCUGAGGAGUGUGAUGAUGCCUUAAAGGCGAAAGUCUCCAACUUUCUCAAGCUCAAAUACGAGAAAGGGGAGCAUAUCAACACACGCUUGCUGUCAUCUGCUGCAUUCGCAAAUCCUUACAUCUAUUCCAAGCUGGUCGACUUCGUCCAAAUAUCCGAGCACGGUACCCAGUUCCCCUCUGCUGGAUGGCUUACUCGACGCAACCUCGAAAGCGAAAUACCGCUGUACGGCCCAGCAGCAACCGCCGCUCAGCAGAAAGCCAAACAGGAUGCGGCCAAAAGGGCACAGGAAGUGGGGAAACGAAAAGAGAUUGCGUUCAAGCCAGGAAGAGCGGCAGAUGAGGGUGAAGAUAGAAGAGCGGGAUCUGGGGGAUGGGAUAGCGGAAGAGGAGAUCGAGGCCGGGGAAAUGAGGGCCGGGAGAGACAAGGUGGUCAAGGUGGGAAGCGCGGGAGGGAGAGUAUGGGGAAUGAGGUGGGACGUCGGAAGCGGUAG